AAUCCUAUUAUUAUUCCCGUAAUAAUACAUUAAAAAAAAAUAGAGAAAUAAAAUCUGGGCAGUUUCGUGAGAUCUCAACCGAACGAGCGAGGGUGAGUGAGGUGUGCAAUCUGCUUUACGUUCACAAUAACAAAUUCAUCAUCUAUCUAUCUAAGAGGGGCGAAGUUAGAACGAUGAUGUUGCCGAUACUUGCUUUGAUUGUUGCAAUUUUCAUUCCAAAUGGAGUUUUGUCAAUUCCCUCUUCCACAGUUCCCGCAUUUCUUUGGUCAUCUCAUUAUAACCUGUAAUUCAUCUCUUUAUGGCAUUUGAUUCAUGUCUCUGCGUCGCGAGUAGUUAGAAUUAAAGUUAGAUAUAGCUAGAAACAGUAGAUUUGUUAUAAUUUAGGAGAUAGAAAAGUUUUCUGGUUUUCCAAGGGUUUAGGAGAUGAUGAUAGUAAAAGUCGUGUGGCUUGAUCAAUCUCUUUAUGCUGUUUCAUUCAUGUCUGCGUCACUAGUAAUAAUUAGAAUUAUUAGAUAGCUAGCAACGCUAGAUUUGUUUUAAUUUAGGAGAUACAAAUUUUUUGUGGUUCUCCAAGGUUUAGGAGAUGAUAGUAGAAGUCGCGGCGUGCGUGGCUUGAUCUACCGAGAUUUAGUAAUAAUAGUGUAAUUCUAAUAGAUCAGCAGUUUUAGGUUUCUUUUCAGAUUGGCACCACAUUUCGUUCAUCACAGACAUGGUCAGGCUGGGGAUAGGUUUCAUGGAUUAUUCAACAAAGUUUCAUUCUAUAAUUUAUGGUGGUUUUUAAGAUGUAUAGUAAGUAGAGAAUGAAAGCAGAAGAUAAUCUGAAAACAUAAACCAGGUUAGAAUGAAAAGAAGCCGAUAACCAGAAAAGAUAAACAGGGUUAAAAUGGAAAAAUAUGCAACACCCUCAUCUUGUUCUUGUUGUGCUUAGUGGUAACAGUGUUAAUAUGCUAGAUGCUUCAUGUUUCAUGUUUACAUUAUGUUGUUCAACAAAUCAGAAAAUUGUUUAUAUCUUUUUGGACCUCUGCAGAGUCUCAGACAAUGGAUUGAAGGAGUCUGUUAAUUAUCAGGUCAUUUCUCCAAAAGACCUAGCAAAGUCUGUUUUAUCUGAAGCAGGCUGGUCAAAUUUUCUGUGCAAAGGGAAGAAAUCUCAGGAUCCUCUCGAUCUGGCACUUCUAUUUGUGGGUGGAGAGUUACAAUCUUCAGAUUUAAGUUUGAACAAGCAUGCAAGCUCAGCUCUUUCAGACUUGCUCAAGGACUCUUUUGUUAGAUCCAACACUUCCAUGGCAUUUCCUUAUGUUUCAGCAUCGGAGGAUGUGAAUUUGGAAGAUUCAUUGGUUUCAGGCUUUGCUGAAGCCUGUGGAGAUGAUUUAGGAAUCGGCAACGUCGCUUUCCUUGGAUCUUGCUCCAUGGGUAAUGGAAAUCAUGAAGAAACUCCAGCUUCACGCUCAGUUCAAGCCUAUUUGACCAAGAGGAUGGAAGAGAGUCACAAAGGGAAAACAGAUUUGGUUGUGUUCUGCAAUGGACAGUCUCAAGCUUCGAAAGAUGUUGACAGAACACAAUCUGAAGGUGAAGUUCUAUCUGAGCUUAUCAGCUCUGUAGAGGAAUCUGGGGCAAAAUAUGCAGUUCUUUAUGUGUCAGAUAUCUCGAGGUCAAUCCAGUAUCCUUCUUACAGAGAACUGCAAAGGUUUCUAGCAGAAAGUACAACAGGGAAUGUAUCAACCAAUUCUACAGCAUGCGAUGGAGUCUGCCAGCUUAAAUCAUCGCUUUUGGAGGGACUUUUUGUGAGCAUAGUUUUGUUAAUAAUUUUGAUAUCGGGGCUUUGCUGUAUGAUGGGAAUUGACACUCCAACAAGAUUUGAGGUGCCACAAGAGUGAUGAUCCAUUUGUCAAAGCUAAUAAUUCUCUGGUGCUGGGUCUACUGCAUUAAAAUAUUACUGCUAUAUUAUUUUGCGAUUUUUACGGAGGCUCGGAUGAAUGUCCUGUAAUCUUUUAUUCAUUUCAGGGACUUAAAUAAUGUGUACUACCAGUAUAUAAAGUAAAACAUCUAUUUUAGGUUUUAGUUUUGAUCCUGCUGGUGUUGUAAAAUUUUAAGUAAGAAGAAUUCACAGUAUUUUGAGUAUUCAUUCCUGUUUUCUCAUCUAGUAUGGGACUUUCAAUAAAUUGACAGUUGUUUUUA